AACAAUCUGCGCGAACCUGGCCCUUUAAAUUACCUCCACAAUCACUGUAGACGAGACAAGUGAAGUUACCUGGAGUUUCCUGAGCCAGCUCUAGUCUACAGCAUCUCCAUCAUCAAGAAUUUUCUUCUUUUACUUGGCUCAAUAACCGAUGGCAGAGAAUGUCCACGACUAAUAACAUAGCCCAGGCCAGGAAGUUGGUGGAGCAGCUGAGGAUCGAGGCAGGCAUCGAGCGUAUUAAGGUGUCGAAGGCUGCUGCAGACCUCAUGAGUUACUGUGAGCAGCACGCCCGCAGUGACCCUCUGCUGGUCGGGGUUCCCACCUCAGAGAACCCGUUUAAAGACAAGAAGCCUUGCAUCAUUCUAUAGCUACUCUGUCUAGCCCAGCUAUCUCAGUCCCACUUUAACCGAUGCCCAUCCCCAAUGGGCGAUUUAAUCCAACACUUCUUUUUACCUGGGAUCCACAGUAUUCUCCAGAAAAUAAGCGCCACACUCUCUUGGU